AAAAAUUUAAAAAAAAAAACACUUUUUACAGUCGUAAGUAACUUUAAAGCUUUCCUUCCCCUCUGCUAUGCUUUUUUUUUUUUAUUCCACAAAAAACAACACUACGAUCCCAUUGAAUGGAAGAUCAAGAUGAAGAAGAGGAUGUCAACUUCUAUAUCUCUAAAGGCAGAACCUAGAAGGCAGAGAUUAUUUACGCACCGAUUCCUCCCCAUGAUUCUUUUGCUUUCCGCAGCCUUCUUCAUAGGAAGUGCAUUUAUAAUCACAGACUAUAAAGAGAGAAUUUUAGGAUGGAGAUCAGUUAUUGUUUUGCAAUAUACAAGACCUAAGACUUGUGAGACUCAGUGUAGGGCUUAUGGAAGUGAGACGUUACCUAAGGGAAUUAUUUCUGAGACAUCUGACUUAGAAAUGCGACCAUUAUGGGGCCUACAGAAUAAGAAGAAGUCAAAGUUGUCUAUGAACUUAUUAGCCAUUGCUGUUGGAAUCAAGCAAAAAGAAAGUGUCAACAAAAUCGUCAAGAAGUUUCCAUCAAGUGAUUUUGUUGUGAUGCUUUUCCAUUACGAUGGGAUUGUGGACCAGUGGAAGGACUUAGAGUGGAAUGACCUUGCUAUACACGUGUCUGCUGUUAAUCAAACUAAGUGGUGGUUUGCAAAGCGCUUUUUACAUCCAGAUAUUGUUUCAGAGUAUUCCUACAUCUUCCUGUGGGAUGAAGACCUUGGAGUCGAUCACUUUAAUGCGGCAAGGUAUCUUUCAAUAAUUAAAAAGGAAGGGCUUGAAAUAUCACAGCCUGCACUUGAUGCUGAGAAGUCAGAGCUGCAUCAUCCAAUUACAUCAAGGGACAAAAAAUCAACACUACACAGGAGGACAUACAAGGUGAUUGGUAGGACGAGAUGCAAUGAAAACAGCACAGGCCCUCCUUGUACAGGGUUUGUAGAAAUGAUGGCUCCUGUUUUCUCCACAGCAUCUUGGCGUUGUGCAUGGCAUAUGAUUCAGAGUGACCUGGUUUAUGGAUGGGGAGUGGACUUUCAGCUUGGUUACUGUGCACAGGGUGAUCGAACUCAAAAAAUUGGAAUUGUUGAUUCUGAGUACUUAGUUCACAAUGCUCUUCCCACGCUUGGAGGUGUGGCAGCAAACAAGGUACCAUCACCUUCCAGUGAGCCUGGUGGAAGAUCUGAGGUCAGAAAGCAAUCGUUCAUUGAAUUAGAGAUCUUCAAAAACAGAUGGAAGAGAGCUGUGAAGCAAGAUAAUUGUUGGUUUGAUCCGUAUGAACCAUCGAUCAAAAAGCAGUAGUAAUGAUCAUAUAAGAGGAUUAGAGGAAGAAUUCGGUUCUGAACGUGCAUGUAAAGAGUCACAAACAGGGGCAUUUUCAAAGCAAGGAAUAAAACAAGAAGAAUUAUAUUUAAAAACCUUCUACAGGAAACUUGUGUUGCACUAUAGAUACACUAAAUUAGUUAUGUAAUACCCAGAAAAUGUUGUUAAAAGCUUCUUUAUUGUAGCAAACCCUUGGGCUGCGGCUAAUUUUUAUUAGACAGUUAUACUGGACCAUGAAGAUCAACUGUAUGGAUAAAUGCCAAUUUCUUUUAUAAAAAUAAAAAAACCCCGAAAAUCAGUC